AAACUAGUCAGGAGCGUCAUUCGUGUUUCAGCCGUCAUACGGUGUGGUCGGGGACGCACAGUUUUUGAAACAGCUUCAGUUUUACGAGAGCCUUCACACUCAACGUAGUGUGGGCAAAAUUCUUAGUUGUUUUUGAAGCGUUUGAAUUUUUGCGAAGAUUUCCCACGUGUUGGGGAGUUUUGAGUAGUUUUUGCAACGACUGAAUUUUCACGAAAACUUUACACACUUAACGUGAAGUGUUGGAAUUUUGAGAAGUUUUUGAAACAGUUGUAUAUUCAUUGGCUGUUCUGAGUAGAUUUUGGAACAGUUGUAUAUUUACUAGACCAUUCACACCUACCUGAAUUAUUGUGGGAGUUUGGAGUAGUUUUUAAACGGUUAAGUAUACUUACUGGACCUUUUACACCUAACGUGAAUUGUGGUAGCUCCAAUUAGUGAAAAACGGUUUUCCGCGGAUUUUGUGAAGUGUCAGUGUGUUGAAUUGUUAAUAUUGUGCAGUGUUUAAUCAACCAAUCAUGAAGAGCCUUCUCUGGAUUUCCUUGCUGUUGGGAGUUCUCCUGUUUGCACAAGGUGUGCCAGUAGACGAAAAGAACCCGGACGAUGGCUACCAGGAUGACCAGGAUGGAGAUAGUGAUGACGAUGACGAAAACCCCCCGAUUGGACCUCCUCCUGUACUCAAGUCAAAGAAUAAGUCGUUCUCGGUGGUGGUAGGGGACAGUGUGAUGCUGCCUUGUCAUGUCGAGAAUCCAGUUUAUGCAGUGAUCAUGUGGUGGUUGGGCUCGAGCAUACUCUACACAGGUGACAUUCCGACCAGUCAGGCCAAGGAGCGCUCCAACAUCCAACUGCUAUCCAACUUCUCGCUCUCCAUCCACAACAUCCAAGAGGCCGACAUCGGUCAGUACCGCUGCGAGGUGAUCAGCUCAAGGCAUAAGAUUCCUGUCAGCACUGUACACUACUUUGUCGGAUCUACAAUGAAACCGCACAUUACACAAUUGAUGACGUCACAGCCGAAAAAUAUAGUACAGAAGGGAUCUUCCAUCACACUCACAUGCACAGCAUCUGGGUCUCCACCUCCAAAGAUCACUUUCACAAAAAAGACAAGACAUGGCUCGCAGGAGGAUCCCCUAGACGGUCCAACUCUGACCCUUGAAAGUGUCACCAGGAAAAACUCAGGACUCUACCAGUGCAGAGCUGAAAACGAGCAGGGAUUCGACACUCAGUCCAUCGAAGUUCAUGUACAUUUUAAGCCAGAGGUUGAGGCUGUGAAAGACUUUGUGAAUAUUGACGAAGGAUACGAUGCUGAACUUCUUUGCAUUGUGCACAGUGAGCCGAAAGCUGAGGUUGAAUGGUACAAAGAGUCGACAAAGUUGGACAACGACGAACAGGUGCACCAACAGAACGACAAGCGCAAACACUCUCUCCGACUGCAGGCCGUGAAGGCGUCCGACUUUGGCACAUACAAGUGCGCCGCCACAAACAGCCUCGGAACCACCAUGAAAACUAUCGAAGUCUCAGGUCGACCAAGCAAACCGAUCUUCCAGAGUGUGAAUUCAUCGUCAACUGACAACAAGAGUCCCGAAUUGAAAUGGAAAGUGGAGAGCAUCAAUCAUAUCUCCGAAUACGAACUACUCUACAGAAUGCAGGAUGCCUCAGAAUGGAAAACAGCCAUCCCACAACUGGAGCAGCACGAGUCACCAAGAGGCGUAUACACGGUGCGACAUGUGUUGAGUGGACUGCAGGAGGCACACACAUACCAGGCGCAACUUAGGGCGAAAAAUGGCUACGGCUGGUCGCCACUGUCCGACCCACAUUCCUUCAGUGCAAUUAUUGAGCCUGAAAGACCCAAGGAAGAGCUUUCUGCCCAAGAACCGCUAGAAUCGGAACGUAAAGACCAGGCUGCAGCCGGUUCGGGAGCAGCAGAGUUGAGGAUAUCAUUCGCUCUAAUUUCAUCAAUUUUGAUUGCACGAUUCUACUGCUAAUGCACAAAUGAUAGCAUACGUCCAUCUACGCUGUGGCCUACAAAUGAUAUGCCUUACCAAGUAUACUACACUCAGAACACUGCAGUCUCUAGAGUUAAUUAUAUCCAGCAGCUUAUAACUUCAACUAUCCACUGUUGUGAUUUCAAAAACUAUAACAAAAUCCUAAAAUUUCAAAUAUUAUUUCAAUAGAAAAUUGUUAGCAAAUUGAGUGCUGAUGUAUGUAUCAAUUAUAUUAGGAUUUACUACUACUAGAGAAGUUCAAUAAUUUAACACUUUCAAAAACUCAAGUGGGUCUAUUUGUGUGAACAUCUAAAGGUCUCAUAAAAUAGUCAAAACAGUUUUGAAACUUGAAUCUCUAUGAGACCUUAUUGAAGACCUUAAAGGAAACCUCAUUAAAGACAUUGAAGGUAGAGUUUGAAAAUUUGAAAAAUGAAUGGAAACGGAGAGAGCAGCGGUAAACCUUGAAAUUGUACAAGCCAAAAUAUUUGCACUAUUUCAAUGAGUUUGAAAGCUCCAAUAAGAAUGUACAAGUUUUGAAAAUGAAUAAGAGGUGCAGAAAGGGGACAUCUGGUGUGUAGCCUCUCAUUCAAUCACAUGGGAUCUAUAAAUGUUUCAGCUGUUCUUUAACAUUUAUUCAUCAAUGUGCAGUUUUUCACAAAAAUAGAUUUGAUGUUGGAUAAAUUCAAUGUUGGUCGGAUUAGGCUUAUAAAUUUAAAUUAAAUUAACCUAUAUUCGUAUCAAGUUUGAAUUCAAAUUUAUCAGAUCAUUCUACUUUUAUUUUGUAUCAAUUCUGUUAAUUGUUAUAAGUUGUUUGACUGUUUCCAGUGUUCUUAUAAAUUUAGCUGAGUGUUAGUUAUAUCGCUGAGUACCUUAAGUUAUUGAAAAGUGUACUUUUAUUAUAAAUUUAUCAAAUUAUGAGUGGUAAAACAUGAGAGCUUGUUGAGAUAUAAAUAUUGUAUAUAUAGUUAGGUAGAUAUUAUGUGAAACUAUUCUAGUUUAUGCUGUUCUAUAGAAAAGGUCAGCAAAUGAGAAACUUUUCGCUUCUAGCAUUUUUUUUAUUUUCGUACAAAUUUUUAUUAAUUUCUCCAAUUUUAUUCUACUCCAAAAUGUUGCUUUCUGCUCGUAUCAAUCAAUAUUUUCUCAUAGCCUACUUACUUCAAUCAGUUUUUCUCUACAAUUCUUAUUUGAAAAAUAAAACGGGUUUCACUUUAAAAUGAAUACAUUUUUGUACUUCCACAAUAAUUUGUAACUCUUAGCUGCGUUUCUAUAUAUUUUGAAAAUUUAUGAGAAUCGGAUACAAAUAAUGGGCUAGGCUACUUGUAAUAUCAAUAAAUUGUGAUUUUUCCAAUUUUUCAUUUGCUAAAUGAAUUAUUCAUUUGCUGUCGGGAAAAUGAGUUUGUAUAUUAUCAGAAUUGGAUAGCCUAAUAAAACAAAAUAAAUCUUAUAGCACCCUUUAUACUUUGAAAAACUUUAAACUUUCUAUUUUGAAGUUUUUUAAAGAAUAAAGGGUGCUAUAAGAUUUAUUUUGUUUUAUUAAUUUAAAAGCAGCCCAUGUCAAUAAGUGUUUCAGAAAUGGAUAAUAUGCUUGUGCUUGUAAUUGUCUGUUAUAUCCUAUAGAUAUUAAUAUCCAACAUAAUAGAAACAAAAAAAGUAUAAUAGUCUCAUGAUGUGAUGAAGAAAGAGGAAAUAAUUUCGAUAAGACAGUUUUAAAAUAAUUGAAAAACUCUGUAGCCAUCAAAUUUAUUUAGCAGUUUCUACUAUUUUGUUACCUAUUCCUGUUUCAAUAAAGUUUUGAUACGGUACUUCCAAAUUAACAACUUGUUUAACAAUGUAUUCAAGCUAUUAAUUAUUCAGCAAAAUAUCUAUAUUUAUUUAAUAAUUUUAUCUCUAUUUCUAUUCAAUGAACCAAAGUAUUUAUGAAUAGCUGCUAGGUGUUCAAUUGAUGAAUAUUUAAAUUGUAUACAGUUUGUGAAUAUUCAACUAUUAUUUUUAAUUAUAAUUUAAUUAACUAUUCGAUAACUAUUUUCUUCUUUUUUUGUUAAUAAUAGAAAAGUUAGGUUAGAUAAUAUUAUAAUUAAUAUUGGUGCGUACGUAUGAAGCUAUUAUGAACUGUGCGAAUAUUUUUCCAAUGUUAUUUUGAAUUAGCCUAAUGUUUAUGAUGAAUGAGUUAUAUAGUGUAAUAUCAGAUUAGCUCUGUUAUAUUCUAUUACAAUGAUAAUUAAUUUUGAUCACAAAUGAUUUUAAUUGUUUAGGAUUAUUUUUUUCUUCAAUAAUUAUGAUGAGAAAAAUUGAUUACCAUGAUUCUAUCCAACUGAAUAAUAGUAACUAAUCGAAACAUAUUUCUGGGAAAUUUUAGUGAAAGCUAAUAAUAUAUUUGAAAAAGUACCUAAUCAAAAUUUCUAUAUAAUGUAACCAAUAUUGUAAGCAAAUUUAUCAAGAUUCAACUAGGAUAUGGAGUGGCCUUCAUAUAUAUUACAGAGUUAUAUUGAUGUGAAAAUAAGUAUAAUACAAUCAAUAACUCUACCAGUCGUAAUUCAGUAGAUAUUUUCUGAUUUGAACUAAAAUUAUCCAACUCAUCUAUUGUUUCAGAAAUUUUCAAAUUCUUUAUAAUAUUUUAUUUUCUAAUAUUUGAAUUUUGAUGUAUAAAACAGCUAGAGUAGGUACGGUACGAUUUUCUGAUUUGAACUAAAAUUAUCCAACUCAUCUAUUGUUUCAGAAAUUUUUAGCUAAAUUUUCACAAUAUUCAUGAAAAUUUAUUUUCAAAUUCAUAAUAUUUGAAUUUUGAUGUAUUAAAACAGCUAGAGUAGGUACGAUUUAAUACUGACAGCAUUAAAGGGCCCAGACUUCCAUCUUAGUCUACCUUUUACUCACUGCCAAGUUUUAAAUGAAUUGUAUUGUACCAUACGACUCCUUCUUUGCUAAAAUUGGGGCUAUCAUUCCAAUUCAUAAUUGUUUCACAGCACAAAUCUUGUACUAUUAAAGAAUUUUUAAAUUGAAUCUUGAAAAUUAUAAAUUCUAUGUUGAUAAUUUUUGUGUAUAAUUUAUAGAAUGGACGGAAUAAAACUGAUUCUGAUAAGAUCA